UUCCAACUUUGAAUAUCCACUGUCAACAACAGGUGCUUCUGACUUCAUUGCGCGCCCUGUACCUUUUGAUUUUGUUUCUUAUUCACAGCUCUCAAGGAACAAAAAAAGCCCUCCCGUCUGAUGACCAAUUCAGAAGCCAUGUCGAGCUCUGUAAAGUCUGCACUUGCUCAGAACCGCGCCAAGGUCCGCCUCGUGGAGGCUCACGACCCUUCGUCCAUUGACCUCGUGAGAACAACCAUUGGCAGCGAUGGCGAGUCAUUCCACGGGGUCUGGGUCAGCGGCCUCACCCAGACCACAUAUCUGGGCAUCCCCGACACCGAAAUGAUAACGCCCCUGGAGCGGGCCUCUCUCAUUACAUAUGCCGACGCGGGCCGUCACGAAAACGACGAGUCCCGGAAGCUCUGCUGGGCCUUUGACGCCGACAGCGGCGGCCCGAGGGCCGAGAUCCCAGCUCUCGUCGCGAAGCUGUCGAGCAUGGGCAUCUCCAUGGCGGUCAUCGAGGACAAGGAAGUCUCGGAGCCUGGCGCAAAGGUCAACUCGCUCGCUGCGUCGUCCGCCUCCCAGGGGCAAGCCAAUAUGCACGAGUUCUCAGCGACCAUCAUGGCUUUCAAAGAGGCGGCGGCGUCGUCUGCGGACUUUAUGGUCACGGCGAGGAUCGAGAGCUUCACGACGCGCAAGCGGAAGCAAGAUGCCACCGAGGAGAUGGCGUCCGUCCGCGCCGCCCUGGAAGACGCCCUCGCUCGCGCGCAGGCGUACUGCGCCGCCGGUGCCGACGCAAUCAUGAUCCACAGCAAGAGCAAGAAGCCCGACGAGAUCCUGGACUUUAUCCGACGCUUCCGUGUCCGAAACCGCCACACACCCAUCGUCGUGGUGCCGACGACGUACUCUACCACGCCCGAAGACGUCUUAUACAACGCCGGUGCCAACGUCAUCAUCUAUGCCAACCAUUUGAUGAGGGCCAAGAUCAAGACGGCCAACCGGGUAUCCGACGGGAUCCUUGCCACUAAUCCGGGACUCCUCUCGGCCGAACCCGCCCUGGGGAGAUGCGCAUCUUUGCAGAAUUUUGGCUGUCUUUUGGCCAAGAUCUCGGAAAUGGAACACCGCAACGAGGCCAUCAUACAGUAUGGCAAAGAACUCGAACGCGGGGCGGUCGAGGGCAUGCGAAACGUUCUCACGAGUCUCCUGGAUUCCAAGACAUCGGGGGGCGCCGACAGGCACAUCAUCCCCGUUGCCGACCUUCUCCGUAUCAACGGCUCCCAAGUCACCUUCAAGUUGGGUUCCAUGUCGUGGCCCGAGACUGGCGUCGAGACCUUGGCGGCCACAAAGGACCGCCGAGGAGACGGCCCCAGCUACGGCCAGCACAGCUCCGGAUGGUUAGGGGCGAUCCAAGAUGCAUUCGCAAAUUGGCUCAAGGUGUUUUUCACUGGAAUGAACUCGGCAGUGCCACAGGAGGGCAAGGGGGCGUAGGUUGGGGCUGGCAACGGCGAGAUGCAUGAGCUUUCUCUUUCAGGAGAUAGAUGGGCUCAGCUACCAGCCCAUGCUAUUUCAUAUAUCAUUGAGUAUAAUAUGGGUAACCAGUUGGGCCGCGAAGGCAGCGGCAGCGACGAGAGCGUCGAUAGCAG